GGAGGCCCACCGCUGUCUGUCGGGCCUAUUGUGGACGUCCUGCAGUAUAGCCAGAGGGACCUGGAUGCAGCGGUAAGAGCAACACAGGAAGAAAACCUGGAGUUGAAGAGCAGGUGUGAGGAACUCCGCGUGAAGAACCUGGAGAUGGAGAAGGUCAUGGACGGGUUUGAAGGGCUUGUGUGCCAGGCAAUGGAGGAGACUCAGAAACAGAAGGAGCUUGCCAAAGCCGAAAUCCAGAAGCUUCUGAAAGAAAGAGACCAACUCACUGUGGAUCUGAACUCCAUGGAAAAGUCUUUCUCUGACCUCUUCAAGCGGUCCAAGAAACAGAAGGAGGUGCUUGAAGGUUACCGCAAGAAUGAAGAGUCACUGAAGCAGCGCGUAGAGGAUUACAGAGUGAGGAUGGAGAAAGAGGGCCAGAGGUACCAGGCACUGAAGGCCCACACAGAGGAGAAGCUCAGGCUGGCAAACGAGGAGAUCACCCAGGUCCGGAGCAAGGCCCAGGCGGAGGCCUUGGCCUACCAGGCGAGCCUGAGGAAGGCACAGAUGCAGAUCCACUCUCUGGAGAAGACUGUGGAGCAGAGGACUAAAGAAAAGGAUGAGCUGACCAGGAUCUGUGAUGACCUCAUCUCUAAGAUGGAGAAGAUCUGAUGAGGGCCAUGGCCACACCUGCCUUCUCCUAUCUGUCUGUCCGUCUGAUUUGUCUUAGUUUUGUGUUCUUCUCU